AUGGUGCCCCACCCAGGCCUCAACGGGCUGAACGGCGACCUGGGUGGCUACUCCUCCCUACACAACCUCUCUCCUGCUGCCGCCGCUGCAGUCGUGGCCUACGGACGAUCACAAGCGGUACUCUAUUCUCCUACCUCAACUCACAACAUGUGGUACUCUAUUCUCCUACCUCAACUCACAACAUGUGGUACUCUAUUCUCCUACCUCAACUCACAACAUGUGGUACUCUAUUCUCCUACCUCAACUCACAACAUGUGGUACUCUAUUCUCCUAACUCAACUCACAACAUGUGGUACUCUAUUCUCCCAACUCAACUCACAACAUGUGGUACUCUAUUCUCCUAACUCAACUCACCUCAACUCACAAACAUGUGGUACUCUAUUCUCCUAACUCAACUCACAACAUGUGGUACUCUAUUCUCCUACCUCAACUCACAACAUGCGGUACUCUAUUCUCCUACCUCAACUCACAACAUGUGGUACUCUAUUCUCCUAACUCAACUCACAAUAAACGGUACUCUAUUCUCCUAACUCAACUCACAACAUGCAAAUAUCCACCAUCUUAUUAGUGUCACUCAAUCUUCUUUCAUUGGCACAAAUUAUAAAGGGGUUGGGCAAUGUUUGAGCAAUAUCAAAAUCAAAUCACAUUGUAUUUGUCACGUGCUCCGUAAACAACAGGUGUAGACAUUACUUCCUGAUUCAGAGAUAGGAAAGAUAAUAAUGAAGAUGUUGUUAUUCAACACCAGGGACACUCUGGAUGAAUCCAACGGACACAUCUGGGAUUGGCGGAUGCCAAGAGAACGCUACCUGCCCCAAUGCAUAGUGCCAACUGUAAAGUUUGGUGGAGGAGGAAUAAUGGUCUGGGGCUGUUUUUCAUGGUUCGGGCUAGGCCUCUUAAUUCCAGUGAAGGGAAAUCUUAACGCUACAGCAUACAAUGACAUUCCAGAUUAUUCUGUGCUUCCAACUUUGUGGCAACAGUUUGGGGAAGGCCCGUUCCUGUUUCAGCAUGAAGAGCACAAAGCGAGGUCCAUACAGAAAUGGUUUGUCGAGAUCGGUGUGGAAGAACUUGACUGGCCUGCACAGAGUCCUGACCUCAACCCCAUCGAACACAUUUACAUUUACAUUUACAACAUUUAGCAGAUGCUCUUAUCCAGAGCGACUUACAAAUUGGUGCAUUCACCUUAUAGCCAGUGGGAUAACUGUCACGAUCGUCUAAUGAGGGAGACCAAGGCGCAGCGUUGCGAGUGAACAUAUUCUAUUUAUUAAAUGCUCACACGAACAAAACAAUAAACAACGAAUGCGUGACGUCUAUGGUACAACACGAACACACACAAACAAAAUCCCACAACCCGAAAGAAAAACAGACAGAAUAAAUAUGGCUCCCAAUCAGAGACAACCAGCCGACAGCUGACACUCGUUGCCUCUGAUUGGGAGUCACACCGGCAAACAUAGAAAAUAGACAACCUAGAACACCCACCAAAGAAACAGAAAACAUAGAAUGAACACACCCUGGCUCAACAUAAUGAGUCCCCGAGCCAGGGUGUGACAGUACCCCCCCCUAAAGGCGCGGACUGCGACCGCGCCUAAAUACGAGCAAAAACAGGGGGGGGCUGGGUGGGCAUUCCUCCUCGGCGGCGGCUCCGGCUCCGGGCUUGAUCCCCACUUCCUCUCCAACCCCCCAAAGUACCCCUGGUCCUGUCUAGCCCCGCUGGCCGGAGCCGGACUGACGACACGCGCCCCUGGCUUGGUGCGUGGAACAGGAACGGACCGGACCGGGCUGACGAUACACACCCCUGGCUUGGUGCGUGGAGCAGGAAUGGACCGGAAUGGGCUGGCGACGCGCACCACAGACUUGGUGCGGAGAGCAGGAACGAGCCGGACAGGGCUGACGAAACGCACCACAGACUUGGUGCGGGGAGCAGGAACAGGCCGGGCCGGGCUGGCGACGCGCACCACAGGUUUGGUGCGGGGAGCAGGAACAGGCCGGGCCGGGCUGGCGACGCGCACCACAGACUUGGUGCGGAGAGCAGGAACGGGCCGGACCGGGCUGGCGACGCGCACCACAGGUUUGGUGCGGGGAGCAGGAACAGGCCGGGCCGGGCUGGCGACGCGCACCACAGACUUGGUGCGGAGAGCAGGAACGGGCCGGACCGGGCUGGCGACGCGCACCACAGGUUUGGUGCAGGGAGCAGGAACAGGCCGGGCCGGGCUGGCGACGCGCACCAUAGGCUCGGUGCGGGAAGCAGGAACAGGCCGGGCCGGGCUGACGACACGCACCACAGGCUCGAUGCGAGGAACAGGAACAGGCCGGACCGUACUGGGGACACACACCACUGGCCCUACGCAGGGAUCAGGAACGGGCCGGACCGGACUGGUAACACACCCCAGUACCUCUCGCCGUGCCUCCACACUUUCCCUCUCCUCUGUGACCAGUGGCCCCCUUAACCUGGCGGCCUCCUCUUCACACCCGCUGGACCGCUACCUCGCGGCCUCCUGCUGCCCCGUCGUCCACGUCGUGAGCCCCCCCCCCUAAAAAUGUUCUGGGGGUCUCUCCUCCCCGUGGGCCAGGCCUCCAUCGUUCUCGCCCACCUCUCGCUCCUCUGUCUCCAACCCUCGUCACUCAGCUCCUCAAUGGGCUUGACCCAGUCGAAGCUCUUGAUCCAUUGCUCCAUAGACCAGCCUCUCUUCUCUUCACUUAGCGGGGCCCAGCCGAAACUCCUACUCCACUGAUCCCAGGUCCUUCCUCUCUCCUCCUCACGCUGCUUGGUCUGGUACUGGUGGGAUUUUCUGUCACGAUCGUCUAAUGAGGGAGACCAAGGCGCAGCGUUGCGAGUGAACAUAUUCUAUUUAUUAAAUGCUCACACGAACAAAACAAUAAACAACGAAUGCGUGACGUCUAUGGUACAACACGAACACACACGAACAAAAUCCCACAACCCGAAAGAAAAACAGACAGAAUAAAUAUGGCUCCCAAUCAGAGACAACCAGCCGACAGCUGACACUCGUUGCCUCUGAUUGGGAGUCACACCGGCAAACAUAGAAAAUAGACAACCUAGAACACCCACCAAAGAAACAGAAAACAUAGAAUGAACACACCCUGGCUCAACAUAAUGAGUCCCCGAGCCAGGGUGUGACAAUAACCACUUUACAAUAUGUUUAUUUUAAUUUUUUUGGGAUGGGGUGGGGUAAGGGGGGGUAGAAGGAUUACUUUAUCCUAUCCCAGGAAUUCCUUAAAGAGGUGGGGUUUCAAGUGUCUCCGGAAGGUGGUGAGUGACUCCGCUGUCCUGGCGUCGUGAGGGAGCUUGUUCCACCAUUGGGGUGCCAGAGCAGCGAACAGUUUUGACUGGGCUGAGCGGGAACUGUGCUUCCGCAGAGGUAGGGGGGCCAGCAGGCCAGAGGUGGAUGAACGCAAUGCCCUCGUUUGGGUGUAGGGACUGAUCAGAGCCUGAAGGUACGGAGGUGCCGUUCCCCUCACAGCUCCGUAGGCAAGCACCAUGGUUUGUAGCAGAUGCAAGCUUCAACUGGAAGCCAGUGGAGUGUGCGGAGGAGCGGGGUGACGUGAUAGAACUUGGGAAGGUUGAACACCAGACGGGCUGCGGCAUUCUGGAUGAGUUGUAGGGGUUUAAUGGCACAGGCAGGGAGCCCAGCCAACAGCGAGUUGCAGUAAUCCAGACGGGAGAUGACAAGUGCCUGGAUUAGGACAUGUGCCGCUUCCUGUGUAAGGCAGGGUCGUACUCUCCGAAUGUUGUAGAGCAUGAACCUACAGGAUCGGGUCACCGCCUUGAUGUUAGCGGAGAACGACAGGGUGUUGUCCAGGGUCACGCCAAGGCUCUUCGCACUCUGGGAGGAGGACACAACGGAGUUGUCAACCGUGAUGGCGAGAUCAUGGAACAGGCAGUCCUUCCCCGGGAGGAAGAGCAGCUCCGUCUUGCCGAGGUUCAGCUUGAGGUGGUGAUCCGACAUCCACACUGAUAUGUCUGUCAGACAUGCAGAAGAUUAGUUGUGUGUCGUCUGCAUAACACCUUUGGGAUGAAUUGGAAUGCCAACUGCAAGCCAGGCCUAAUCGCCCAACAUCAGUGCCCGACCUCACUAAUGCUCUUGUGGCUGAAUGGAAGCAAGUCCCCUCAGCAAUGUUCCAACAUCUAGUGGAAAGCCUUCCCAGAGGAGUGGAGGCUGUUAUAGCAGCAAAGGAGGGGACCAACUUCAUAUUAAUGCCCAUGAUUUUGGAAUGAGAUGUUCGACGAACAGGUAUCCACAUACUUUUGGUUGAAUCAGGAGGAUACCAUUAUGGUCAGAUUUGCCAAAUGUAGGGUGAGGGAGAGCCCUGUAUGCGUUGCUAUGAUUGGAGGAAAGGUGAUCUAGAGUUUUGUUUGCGUUUCUAUGAUUGGAGGAAAGGUGAUCUAGAGUUUUGGUUGCGUUUCUAUGAUUGGAGGAAAGGUGAUCUAGAGUUUUGUUUGCGUUUCUAUGAUUGGAGGAAAGGUGAUCUAGAGCCCUGUAUGCGUCUCUAUGAUUGGAGGAAAGGUGAUCUAGAGCCCUGUAUGCGUUGCUGUGAUUGGAGUAAAGGUGAUCUAGAGUUUUGUUUGCGUCUCUAUGAUUGGAGUAAAGGUGAUCUAGAGUUUUGUUGCCUCUUGUUGCACAGGUGACAUCCUAAAAUUAGGUUAAAUGGAUUUCAGAGUCCCUGCAUUAAAAUCACCGGCCACGAGAAGCGUCUCGAUGUGCAUUUUCUUCUUUGCUUAUGGCCUUAUACAGCUCGUUGAGUGCGGUCUUAGUGCCAGCAGGGUUUGUGGUGGUAAAUAGACAGCUACGAAAAUAUAGAUGAAAACUCUCUUGGUGAAAUAGUGGGUCUACAGGUCUACAGCUUUAAUGAGGUAUUCUACCUCAGGCGAGCAAAACCUCGAGACUUCCUAAACAUCAGAGAUUGCGCACCAGCUGCUGUAAACAGAGACAUACACCUCCCCCUACUCUUCCUCCCAUACACCUCCCCCUACUCUUCCUCGAGGCUGACAUCCUGUCUAGACGGUGCAUAGAGAAACCCUUGAAAUAUACAAUAUAUUAUCCAUGUCCACGUUCAGCCAAGACUCCGAGAAACAAAGGAUAUUACGAGGUUAGCAUUCGCUGUUCUGAUGUCCAGAAGCCGUUUUUGGUCAUAGGACGCGAUGGUGGAGACGUUAUGUACAAAAUAAUAGAAAUAGAAAAUAGCAGAAUUGGACAUGAGUACGUAAAACAGCCACUGCAGCACAAUUACCUUUUAGUCAAUUAGCGACUUACAGGAGCAAUUAGGGUUAGUGCCUUGCUCAAGGGCACAUCAACAGAUUUGUCACCUAGUCGGCUCUAGGAUUCGAACCAGCGACCGUUCGGUCACUGUCCCAACGCUCAUAACCGCUAGGCUACAGCCGCCAUCUCAUCACAUCAAUGGGCAAUGUUUGAGCAAUGUCAAUUGAAAGUCACAUAAAAGUGCAUCAUAUAAACUGCGUUUUGGUUUGAAGGGUACAAGAUGCUUGAAUGAUUUCAUCAAAGAGAUAAAAAAUGAAUCUCUCUUCUGUUCUCCAUCCUCCAGGUGGGUUUUGACCCCCACCAUCACAUGAGGGUCCCUGGUCUUCCUCCCAACCUCUCUGGAGGAAAACAGUACGUCUCCUUUUUAAUUUUGAUUCACUAGAUCAGAAUCUAAAAUAAACCAACAUUAAAAUAACUCUUCAUCACCACUCCUCCUCUCAGAGCCUAUUCCUUCCACGUGAGCACUGACGGCCAGAUGCAGCCGGUGCCGUUCCCUCCGGACGCCCUGAUAGGCCCGGGCAUCCCGCGUCACGCCCGUCAGAUCAACACGCUGAGCCACGGCGAGGUGGUGUGUGCUGUCACCAUCUCCAACCCCACCAGACAUGUCUACACAGGAGGGAAGGGCUGUGUCAAGAUCUGGGAUAUCAGCCAGCCGGGCAGCAAGAGCCCCGUCUCUCAGCUGGACUGUCUGGUGAGGAUACUAUACAGGUCACCUGGGAGGGGGGGAGGUAGAUGGAGGGUGGGGGGGGGGGGGGGAGGGGGAGGGGGGGGGGGGAGGGAAUGGGAGGGGAGGGCGGAGGGAGGGAGGGAGGGGAGGGGGGGGAGGGGGGGAGGUAGAUGGAGGGAGGUAUUGAGGGAGGGAGGGAGGGUAGGGAGGUAGAGGGGAGGGAUGGGGGGGGGGGGGAGGUGGGUAGAGGGAGGGAGGGAGGUAAAAGGGGAGGGAAGGAGGGAGGAGGGGGAGGGAGGGAGGAGGGAAUGAGAUGGAUGGAGUUAGGGUGAUGGAUGUUAGGGGGAGGGAGGGAUCCCUGUCUCUCAGCUGGACUGGCCGGUGGGUUGAGGCUACUAUACAGGUCACCUGGGGGGGGUAAGGUAAUGGACUUAACUAUAUACUGUUUAAUAUAACCUUUGAGAACUAGAUUGUCGAGAAGAAUUUAAAAUUAAACAAUUAAUUUAUUAAUAUUGAUUUUGUUAUUGUGUUUGAGCAGAAUAACACUGCAUUAGCCAUGGCAAAAAAUGCAUAGAAUUAAGCUUUAAAACUGCAAACAUUUUCUCUCAGGCUCCAUGAAUAUGUAGAGGGAGUGGGAGGGAUGGGUAGGGGGGGGAGGGAGGGAGGCUGGUUAGAGCGGGGUGGUGGAGGGGGAGGGAGGGGAGGUAGGGGGGGUAGGAGGGAGGAGAGGGAGAGGGGGGGAGGGAGGGAGGGAGGGGGAGGGAGGGAGAGGGAGGGAGGGAGAGGAGGGGGGGAGGGUAAAGGGGGGGAGGGGAGAGGGAGGUAGGGGGAGGAGAGGGGGAGGGGGAGGGAGGGAGGGAGGGAGGGAGGGAGGUAGGGGGAGGGAGGGAGGGAGGGGGGCAGGGAGGGAGGGGAGGAGGGGGUAGGGGGAGGGGGGGGAGGAGGGAGGGAGGGAGGGAGGGAGGGAGGGAGGGAGGGAGGGGGGGGAGGGAGGGGAGAGGGAGGUAGGGAGGGAGGGGGGAAGGAGAGGGGGGUAGAUGGAGGGAGGGGGAGAGGGAGGGAGGUAGAGGGAGGGAGGGGAGGGAGGGGGGAGGGAGGGAGGGUAGAGGGAGGGAGGGAGGGAGGGAGGGGGGGAGGGGGAGGGAGGGAGGGAGGGUGGGGAGGGGGGGAGGGAGAGGAGAGGAGGGAGAUGGGGGAGGGGAAAGGGACAGGGAGGGAGGGGAGAGGGAGGUAGGGGAGGGAGGGGGGAGAGGGAGGGAGGGAGGUGAGGGAGGAGGGGGAGGGAGGGAGGGAGGUAGAGGGGAGGGGGAGGGAGGGGGUAGAGGAAGGGAGGGAGGGAGGGAGGGGGGGAGGGAAGGGGGAGGGAGGGAGGUAGAGGGAGGGGAGGGAGGGGGAGGGAGGGGGGAGAGGGGGGGGGAGGUCAGGGAGGGGGGGAGGGGAGGUGAUGGGGGGAGGGGGGAGAGGGAGGUAGAUGGAGGGGGGGGGAGAGGGAGGGAUGGAGGGAGGGGGGAGAGGGAGGUAGAUGGGGGGAGGUAGAGGGGAGUGAGGGAGGGAGGGAGGGAGGGAGGGAGGGGGGAAAGGGGGGGAGGAGGAGGUAGAUACGUGCUUCCCUAAAGUUUUUUCCCGGGUGGUGUGUUGGCCCACCCCAAAAAUAGUCCCAGUUGUGUUUUUAAAAAGGGUUUGUAUAGGGAAACCCGUUGUGUUUAUAAUAGAGGUUUUUUUGGACAUCCUGUUGUUUUAUAAAGAGGUUAUGAUAGGACUUCCCGUUGUGUUUAAAAAGAGGUUUUAAGGACAUCCUGUUGGUUUUAAUAGAGGUUUGUAUAGGGCAUCCGUUGUGUUUAUAAUAGAGGGUUUUGUUUUAGGACAUCCUGUUGUGUUUUUAAAGAGGUUUGUAUAGGACAUCUGUUGGUUUUAAAAGUGGUUUUGUUAAAGGAAUCCUGUUGGUUUUUAAUAGAGGUUUUGUAUGGACAUCCCGGUGUUUAAUAGAGGUUUUGUUGGACUCCCCCGUUUUGUUUUAAUGUGGUUUUGUAUAGGAAUCCUGUUUUGGUUUAUAAAUUGGUUUUAUAAAGUGGAAAAAUUUUAGUUGGGGCCCUUUUGUUUUUAAAAAGGGGAUUAUGGACAUCCUGUUUUGGUUUUUAAAGUGGUUAUGUAUAGGACACCCGUUUGUUUAUAAUAGAGGUAGUAUAGGACAUCCGUUGUGUUUUAAUGGGUUUGUUUUGAAUCCUGUGUUUAUAAUAGAGGUUUAGUAAGGGAAACCGUUUUGUUUAUAAUAGGGUUUUGUAUAGGACAUCCUGUGUUUUAUAAUAGGGUUUGUAAGGACAUCCUGUUGUGUUUUAAAAGGGUUUGUAUAGGACACCGUUGUGUUUAUAAUAGGGUUUUGUAUUUGGACUCCUGUGGUUUAAUGUGGUUUUUGAAGGCAUCCGUUUUGGGUUUAAAAAGGGUUUGUAUAGGAACUGUGUGUUUAAAUAGGGUUAUGUAUAGGACUCUGUUUUUUUUUAAAUAGAGGUUAGUAUGGACUCUGUUGUUUUUAAUAGAGGUAUGAUAGGAAACUGUUGUGUUUUAAUAGAGGUUAGUAUAGGGACAUCCUGUUUUUUUAAUAGAGGUUAUGUAUAGGACAUCCGUUGUGUUUAUAAUAGAGGAUGUAAGGAAACCGUUGUGUUUAUAAUAGAGGUUAUGUAUAGGAAUUCUGUUGGGUUUUUGGGGUUUAUAAAAUUUUUUUUUUAAAAGGGGGUUUUUAUGGCAUCCCGUUUGGUUUUUUAAUAAGGGGUUGUAUAGGAAUCCCGUUGUGUUAAUAGGGUUGUAAGGAAUCCCGUUGUUUUAUAAUAGUGGUUAUGUUAGGACUCCGUUGUGUUUUUAAUAGAGGUUUUUGUAUAGGAAUCCGUUGUGUUUUUAAAGAGGUUUUUUAAGGGGCCCUGUUGUGUUUAUAAAAGGGUUAUGAUAGGAAAUCUGUUGGUUUAAAUGAGGUAAAGGAAAUCCCGUUGUGUUUAAAUAGGGUUAUGAUAGGAAUCCGUUUUGUUAAAAAGGGUUUGUAUAGGGAAACGUUGUGUUUUUUUAAUAGGGUUUUGUAAGGAACCUGUUGUUUUUUUAAUGGGUUUUGUAUAGGAACCCGUUGUGUUAUAUAGGGUAUUUAUAGGAAUCCGUUUUGUUUUUUAAAAGGGUUUUUGUUUUGGAAUUGUUGUGUUUUUAAAAGAGGUUUUUGUAUAGGACAUCCUGUUGUGUUUUUUAAAAAGGGUUUUGUUAGGACAUCCCGUUUUGUUUUUAAAGGGUUUUUUAUAGGAAUCCUGUUUUUGGUUUUUAAAAAGAGGUUUUGGGAUAGGACAUCCUGUUGGUUAUAAUAGGGUUUUUGUAUAGGUCCCGGUUUGUUUAUAAUAGAGGUUAGGGAUAGGACUCCCGUUGUGUUUAUAAUAGGGUUAGUAUAGGACAUUGUUGUGUUUAUAAUAGAGGUAGUAUAGGAAUCGUUUUGGGUUUUUAAUAGAAAGGGUUUGUAUAGGAAAUUUUGUGUUUAUAAUAGAGGUUAUGUAAGGACAUCCGGGUUUUGUUUAUAAUAGGGUUAUGUAUAGGCUCCUGUUGUUUUAUAAAAGGGUUAUGUAUAGGAAUUGUUUUUGUUUUUAAAAAGGUUUUGUAUAGGACAUCCUGUGUGUUUAUAAAAGAGGUUUUGUAUAGGCAUCCCCGUUUUGGUUAUAAUAGGGUUGAUAGGGGAAAAAACCCGUUUGGUUUAUAAUAGGGUUUUGUAAGGGCAUCCUGUUGUGUUUAAAUGAGGUUUUGUAAGGAAUCCUGGUGUUUUAAAAGAGGUAUGUAUAGGCAUCCCGUUGGUUUAUAAUAGGGUUAGUUAGGACAUCUGUUGUGUUUAUAAUAGGGUUUUGUAGGGAAAUUUUUUGUUUAUAAUAGGGUUUUGUAUAGGACAUCCUGUUUUGUUUUUAAUGAGGUUUGUUUGGGGAAACCUGUUGUGUUUUAAAUAAGGGGUUUGUAAGGACAUCCGUUUUGUUUAUAAAGGGUUUGAUAGGACAUCCUGUUGUGUUUAUAAUAGAGGUUAGUAUAGGACUCCCGUGUGUUUAUAAUAGGGGUUUGAUAGGAAUCCGUUUUGUUUAAAUAGAGGUUUGUAUAGGAACCUGUUUUGUUUAUAAUAGAGGUAUGUAUAGGACUCCUGUUGUGUUUUUAAAAGGGUUAGUAUAGGGCAUCCCGGGUUUUGUUUUUUAAAAAGAGGUUUUGUAUAGGACAUCCCGUUGUGUUAAAUAGAGGUUUGUAGGGGCACCUGUUUUUGGGUUUUAAUAGAGGUUAUGUAUAGGAAUCUGUUUUGUUUAAAUAGGGUUAGUAAGGAAUCCGUUUUGUUUAUAAUAGAGGUUUGUAUAGGACAUCUGUUGUGUUUUUAAUGAGGUUUUGUAAGGACUCUGUGUGUUUAUAAUAGGGUUAUGUUGGACUCCUGUUGUGUUUAUAAUAGAGGUUAUGUAUAGGACAUCCUGUUGUGUUUAUAAUAGAGGUUAUGUAUAGGACAUCCUGUUGUGUUUAUAAUAGAGGUUAUGUAUAGGACAUCCUGUUGUGUUUAUAAUAGAGGUUAUGUAUAGGACAUCCUGUUGUGUUUAUAAUAGAGGUUAUGUAUAGUAUAUGCUUGUGUGUAUCUGAACACAAAUAACAAUAACCCUCUUUGUGCGUGUUUGUGUGUGUGUGUCCAUGCCUGUGUGUGUCUAUCAGAACAGAGACAACUACAUCCGUUCAUGCCGACUGCUGCAUGACGGGCGGACUCUGAUCAUAGGGGGCGAGGCCUCCACUCUUUCAAUCUGGGACCUAGCCUCACCCACCCCGCGUAUCAAGGCGGAGCUAACGUCCUCCGCCCCGGCCUGCUACGCCCUCGCCAUCUCCCCCGACGCCAAGGUCUGCUUCUCCUGCUGUAGCGACGGGAACAUCGCCGUCUGGGACCUCCACAACCAGACAUUGGUCAGGUAGGGUCUGUCCCGGUUUUUCUGGGUCAGUGGUAUUGAUGGACCUCCACAACCAGACAUGGGUCAGGUAGGGUCUGUCCCGGUUUUUCUGGGUCAGUGGUAUUGACGGACCUCCACAACCAGACAUGGGUCAGGUAGGGUCUUGUCCCGGUUUUUUCUGGGUCAGUGGUAUUGACGGACCUCCACAAACCAGACAUGGGUCAGGUAGGGUCUGUCCCGGUUUUUCGGGUCAGUGGUAUUGACGGACCUCCACAACCAGACAUGGGUCAGGUAGGGUCUGUCCCGGUUUUUCUGGGUCAGUGGUAUUGACGGACCUCCACAACCAGACAUGGGUCAGGUAGGGUCUGUCCCGGUUUUUCUGGGUCAGUGGUAUUGACGGACCUCCACAACCAGACAUGGGUCAGGUAGGGUCUGUCCCGGUUUUUCUGGGUCAGUGGUAUUGACGGACCUCCACAACCAGACAUGGGUCAGGUAGGGUCUGGUGUUGACGGUGCUUCUUGACUUCCAUUGAUUUGUGAUUGUUAUAUUACUUCCAUAUUGAUUGUGUGUUUUUACAGUACUGAUGUGUUACUGUGUGUCAUUGUGUGUUUUUUUCUUGUUUUUUUUAGGGUGUAGAUCAGCUUUAAUAUUGCAGAUAGAUUGUAACUUCCAUCAAUGUAAUUGUCUGCAUCACUUCCAAUCCCCAAAAAUUUUUUCUCGCUAAUAUAUAUAUAUAUAUAUAUAUACUCCACAAAUGUCUUGUUAACAAACUAUAGUUUUGGCACAUUGGUUAGGACAUCUACUUUGUGCAUGACACAAGUAAUUUUUCCAACAAUUGUUUACAGACCGAUUAUUUCACUUAUAAUUCACUGUAUCACAAUUCCAGUGGGUCAGAAGUUUACAUAAACUAAGUUGACUGUGCCUUUAAACAGCUUGGAAAAUUCCAAAAAUGAUGUCAUGGCUUUAGAAGCUUCUGAUAGGCUAAUUGACAUCAUUUGAGUCAAUUGGAGGUGUACCUGUGGAUGUAUUUCAAGGCCUACCUUCAAACUCAGUGCCUCUUUGCUUGACAUCAUGGGAAAAUCGAAAGAAAUCAGCCAAGACCUCAGAAAAAUAAUUGUAGACCUCCACAAGUCUGGUUAAUUCUUGGGAGCAAUUUCCAAACGCCUGAAGGUACCACGUUCAUCUGUACAAACAAUAGUACGCAAGUAUAAACACCAUGGGACCACGCAGCUGUCAUACCGCUCAGGAAGGAGACACGUUCUGUCUCCUAGAGAUGAAUGUACUUUGGUGCGAAAAGUGCAAAUCAAUCCCAGAACAACAGCAAAGGACCUUAUGAAGAUGCUGGAGGAAACAGGUACAAAAGUAUCUAUAUCCACAGUAAAACGAGUCCUAUAUCGACAUAACCUGAAAGGCCGAUCAGCAAGGAAGAAGUCACUGCUACAAAACCGCCAUAAAAAAGCCAGACUACAGUUUGCAACUGCACAUGGAGACAAAGAUCGUACUUUUUGGAGAAAUGUCCUCUAGUCUGAUGAAACAAAAAUAAAACUGUUUGGCCAUAAUGACCAUCGUUAUGUUUGGAGGAAAAAGGGGGUCACCUGCAAGCCGAAGAACACCUUCCCAACCGUGAAGCACGGGGGUGGCAGCAUCAUGCUGUGGGGGUGCUUUGCUGCAGGAGGGGCUGGUGCACUUCACAAAAUAGAUGGCAUCAUAAGGAAGGAAAACUACGUGUAUAUAUUGAAGCAACAGCUCAAGACAUCAGUCAGGAAGUUUUUUUUAAAUGUUUUAUAUUUCAGAUAGAUUGUAACUUCCAUCAAUGUAAUUGUCUCCAUCACUUCCAAUCCCCCAUAUGUUUUUUUCUCGCAUAUAUAUAUAUAUAUACAGUGGGGGAAAAAAUAUUUAGUCAGCCACCAAUUGUGCAAGUUCUCCCACUUAAAAAGAUGAGAGAGGCCUGUAAUUUUCAUCAUAGGUACACGUCAACUAUGACAGACAAAUUGAGGAAAAAAAAUCCAGAAAAUCACAUUGUAGGAUUUUUAAUGAAUUUAUUUGCAAAUUAUGGUGGAAAAUAAGCCUCUCUCAUCUUUUUAAGUGGGAGAACUUGCACAAUUGGUGGCUGACUAAAUACUUUUUUCCCCACUGUAUGUAAUAUAGUACAUUUAUCAUAAUUUGGUUGUAAUCCAGAGAGGUUAGAAAAUGUAUCUAGAUCCUCUAUGAGGCUGUGGAGGGAUUCAAGUUGUGGAUUUAAAAGAAAACAUGAAUCAUCAGCGUACAAUGACACCUUUGUUUUUAAGCCCUGGAUUUCUAAUCCCUUGAUAUUAUUGUUGGAUCUGAUUUUAAUAGCUAACAUCUCGACGGCAAUAAUAAAUAGAUAUGCCGAUAGUGGACAACCUUGUUUCACUCCUCUUGACAGUUUAAAACUUUCUGAGAAAUAGCCAUUAUUUAUUAUUUUAUACCUAGGGUCACUAUACAUGAUUUUAACCCAAUUUAUAAGAGAUUGUCCAAAAUUGAAAUGCUCCAGGCAUUUAUAUAUAAACCCCAGUCGUACUUUAUCAAAUGCCUUUUCGAAGUCUGCUAUGAAUAGCAGGCCUGGUUUCCCAGAUUUUCCAUAGUGUUCUAUUGUUUCCAGUACUUGCCUUAUAUUAUCUCCAAUGUAUCGCCCAUGUAAAAAACCUGUCUGAUUAGAAUGAAUAAUGUCCGACAAUACCUUUUUAAUUCUAUGCGCUAUACAUUUUGCUAGAAUUUUUGCAUCACAACACUGAAGUGUAAGGGGCCUCCAAUUUAUUUAAUAGACUGGAUCUUUAUAUUUUCCACUUGUAUCCUGUUUCAGUAAUAAUGAGAUCUUCUUCUUGAGUGUCAGAUAAUCUACCAUUUACAUAGGAGUGGUUAAAACAUGCUAAUAACGGUCCUCUUAGUAUAUCAAAAAAGGUUUGGUAUACCUCGAUUGGUAUGCCAUCCAACCCUGGAGUUUUCCCGGACUUAAAGUCUUUAAUUGCAUCCAGAAGUUCCUCCUCUGUAAUUUCACCUUCACAUGAGUCUUUCUGUAUGGCUGUUAAUUUUACAUUAUCAAUAGAAAAACAAUUUGCUUCAGUUAGAGGAGAUGGAGGCGACUGAAACGAAAACAUAUGCUUAAAGUACUUUGUUUCCUCCUUCAAAAUAUAAUUUGAUGAAUCAUGGGUGACUCCGUCAUUUGUAACCAGUUUCAAUAAAUUAUUUUGGUAGCAUUCCUAUGUUGAAGAUUAAAAAAAGAAUUUGGUGCAUUUUUCCCCAUAUUCCAUCCAGUUUGCUUUAUUUUUUAUAAUAUAUUACACAGAUCUUUCUUGAAUAAGUUUCUCAAUUUCUUUUAGUUUUUCCUCUAAUUUAUUCUGAGCCUCUAUGGUACAGUUUUUUUGCUAUCUAUCUGUUCUGUUAGACCUUCUAUUUCCUUUGUUAGUAUGGACUCUUUUGACCUAAAUUGCUUUUGUUUUCGAGAUGAGUCCUGAAUUGCAUGGCCUCUAAAGGCACAUUUAAAGGUGUCCCAUACAAUAAGGGGUUUGCUGUGCCUAUGUUAUGUUGGAAAAAAUCAGUAAUAAAUUCCUCUGUCCUAGUUAAAAACAAGUUAUCAUCCAAUAGGCUUUGAUUAAAUUUCCAAUAUCCUCGCCCACGUGGAAAUUCAGUAAGAGUAAUGUAUAUGCCAAUUUAAUGAUGGUCCGACCGCAUUCUGUCCCCUAUCAACACUUUUUUAACUUUUGGUGCCAACGACAAUGGCAUAAGAAAUAAGUCAAGACGACUAUAUUUUACAUUUACAUUUUAGUCUUAUCCAGAGUGACUUACAGUUAGUGAGUGCAUACAUUUUCAUACAUUCGCCAGACACCGUCCAUUUGAUCGUUCAAAACCACAACACUCAAAUCAAUCAAUUGAUAAAUCCAUCAAUCGUCCAAUUAAUGAGUCUCAGAAGCACACUUUGGCUGAAUUCAAUCAACCCGCAUUGCAGUAUUUACUCAGUACCAUAUCUUCAGAGGAACAGGCUUCUCUGCGGUCCAGUAUUAGGAUUAAAUGUCAGGAAUUGUGAAAAACUGAGUUUAAAUGUAUUUGGCUAAGGUGUAUGUAAACUUCCGACUUCAACUGUACACCUUAGCCAAAAUGUGUUUUACUGUGUGUUGUGUUAUUGUGUGUUACUGUGUGUUGUUAUUGUGUUAUUGUGUGUUACUGUGUGUUGUUAUUGUGUUAUUGUGUGUUACUGUGUUGUUAUUGUGUUAUUGUGUGUUACUGUGUUGUUAUUGUGUGUUAUUGUGUGUUGUGUUACUGUGUGUUGUGUUACUGUGUGUUACUGUGUGUUAUUGUGUGUUAUUAUUGUGUGUUACUGUGUGUGUAGGCAGUUCCAGGGCCAUACGGACGGGGCUAGCUGUAUAGAUAUCUCUCACGAUGGGACCAAGCUGUGGACAGGAGGUCUGGACAACACGGUGCGCUCCUGGGACCUGAGAGAGGGACGCCAGCUACGUCAGCAUGACUUCAGCUCACAGGUACACACACACACACUACACACACACACAGUCCCCCUGACUCUCCAACACUUUCACACUCACUACCUGUUUUUAAUGUGGGUGUUGUGCGUGUCCUCCCCUCCAGAUCUUCUCUCUGGGGUACUGUCCUACAGGGGAGUGGUUAGCUGUAGGGAUGGAGAACAGUAACGUCGAGGUUCUACACGUUACCAAGCCAGAAAAAUACCAGCUACACCUUCAUGAGAGCUGUGUCCUCUCCCUCAGGUUCGCUCACUGUGGUACGUACGGGCUGUCUGGCUGCCUAUCUGUCUGGCUGCCUGCCUGUCUGCCUGCCUGUCUGUCUGCCUGUCUGCCUGUCUGGCUGCCUGCCUGUCUGUCUGUCUGUCUGUCUGUCUGUCUGUCUGUCUGUCUGUCUGGCUGCCUGCCUGCCUAUCUGUCUGGCUGCCUAUCUGCCUGGCUGCCUGCCUGUCUGCCUGCCUGUCUGUCUGCCUGUCUGCCUGUCUGGCUGCCUGCCUGUCUGUCUGUCUGUCUGUCUGUCUGUCUGUCUGUCUGUCUGCCUGUCUGUCUGGCUGCCUGCCUAUCUGUCUGGCUGCCUAUCUGUCUGGCUGCCUGCCUGUCUGGCUGUCUGUUUGUCUGCCUGCCUGCCUGUCUGUCUGCCUGUCUGGCUGCCUGCCUGUCUGUCUGUCUGCCUGCCUGUCUGGCUGCCUGCCUGUCUGUCUGUCUGUCUGUCUGUCUGUCUGUCUGUCUGUCUGGCUGGCUGUCUGCCUGUCUGCCUAUCUGCCUGUCUGGCUGCCUGCCUGUCUGUCUGUCUGUCUGUCUGUCUGGCUGUCUGGCUGUCUGCCUGUCUGCCUGUCUGGCUGUCUGUCUGCCUGUCUGGCUGGCUGUCUGCCUGUCUGCCUGUCUGCCUGUCUGCCUGUCUGUCUGUCUGGCUGUCUGCGCAUCUGUCUGCCCAUUCGUCUGUUUUGUCUCUAUUCAAGAGUGUGUUUCUGGCCAGAAACGUAUUGUGUUUGACGUAUUGCCAUAGAAAUGUAUUGUGUUUGAUGUAUUGCCAUAGAAACGAAUUGUGUUUGAUGUAUUGCCAUAGAAACGUAUUGUGUUUGACGUAUUGCCAUAGAAACGUAUUGUGUUUGAUGUAUUGCCAUAGAAACGUAUUGUGUUUGAUGUAUUGCCAUAGAAACGUAUUGUAUUUGAUGUGUUGCCAUAGAAACGUAUUGUGUUUGAUGUAUUGCCAUAGAAAUGUAUUGUUUGAUGUUUGCCAUAGAAACGUAUUGUGUUUGACGUAUUGCCAUAGAAACGUAUUGUGUUUGACGUAUUGCCAUAGAAACGAAUUGUGUUUGAUGUAUUGCCAUAGAAACGUAUUGUGUUUGACGUAUUGCCAUAGAAACGUAUUGUGUUUGACGUAUUGCCAUAGAAACGUAGUGUUUGACGUAUUGCCAUAGAAACGUAUUGUGUUUGACGUAUUGCCAUAGAAACGUAUUGUGUUUGAUGUAUUGCCAUAGAAACGUAUUGUGUUUGAAUCUGAUUCCUGAUUGUGAUGGUCUUGUCUCAUCUCUCUCUGUAGGUAAAUGGUUUGUGAGCACCGGGAAAGACAACCUGCUGAAUGCAUGGAGAACACCUUACGGAGCCAGCAUAUUCCAGGUGAAUAGUUCACACUGGUUGUAUGAGGACUGACAUCAGUUCUGAUACCGGUUGUAUGAUGACUGACAUCAGUUUUGAUACAAAAGGAUUUCUGGAUGGUGGCUUUUUCAGAAAGGGAAAAGGCGGUACAGACCCCCCCCCCCAAAAAAAAACCCCCCCCGCCCCCCCCCCCCCCCCGGGGGGUCCCCCCCCCCCCCCAACCCCCUUCCCUUCUCUCCCUCCUUCUCCCCCCCCCCUCCUCCCUCUCCCCCCCCUCUCUACCCUCCUCCCUCCACUUCCCCCCCCCCCCUCUUCCAUCCCCCCACCCUCUCUCCAUCCCCCUUCUCUCUCCGUCCACUUCUCCCCCCACCCCCCCCCCCCUCUCUCUCUCUCUCCAGUCCAAGGAGUCAUCCUCAGUGCUAAGCUGUGACAUCUCUGGGGAUGACAAGUACAUUGUGACUGGCUCUGGAGACAAGAAGGCCACCGUCUAUGAGGUCAUCUACUAG